AUGCCACACUCAGAGUUAUCCUCACCCUCAGCUGCACCGCGUCACUCCACGCCUAAAACGGACAACCCAGAAUCAGCAAUCGCUGCUCGAGAACGACUAGAGCUAACUCUAGGAAUGAUGCAGCUCUUAAUUGACACUAACUCGCUAAUAGAAACCCUCGAAAACGUUAUUUUCGAGAUAACUAAGGGCCGUAUACCGCAAGAAGAGAUUACGGAUAGGUUGAUGCCGCUGUGUGCGUUUUUGGGCGUAUUGGAGGAUGAGCACCCACGUUUGGAGAGGUUGAAUGAGCAUGUGGGGGAUGAGUGGGUCACGCAUAUGCUGGAGGAGGUAGAAACGGCCCUAAUAGGAAUGGGCCAGGAUUGUAGAAAGUUGUUGCUGCCGGAAGAGGCGAAUGGUGGGGGUGAGGGGAGCGUGGAGGAUGAGGAUGCCAGAGGGGAACGGCACUUCGAAUUGGCGCUGCAGCAAUUAGGAACCUUUGGGUUCGAUUGCAUUUAUGGGGCAUAG